CCGGAGGUUCCUGACGAUCGGGACGGGGCCGGGGCAGCCAUAGACCACCUAGUCGUAGCGAGAACAGGAUGGUUGGGCGUACCUGCUACGAGUGUGGUGAGCCGGAUCACUUCGCCAGUGUCUGCAAAGAGUAUUGGGAGGCCAAGGAUCGGGGGGUUCCGUUUGUACCUCCUCCACUACCAGCGUACGUAAGAACGGGUCGGACUAUGUUUGGUAGUGGAAGCGAACGCCGGAGUCACUCGGCGGACAACUACGUGAUGAGAAGAGAAGACGAGGAGACAAAUGCGAUGAUGAGUUAUUUUCAAGAGAAGGCUCUGAUUUGGAAACGGGAGAAGGAGAAUUUGGCAAAGGAAGAAAAGAAGCGAAAACAAGAAGCGUUGCGACUAGAGGCGGAGAAGAAGAAACAUGAAGAAAUUGCAGAGCGGAAGUGAGUUGAAGACGAACGAGACGCAAGGCUACUACGUAUCAUCUGUUCGGAAAUCUGAGUUGAAAGUGACACCGAGAAUGAACGCGCUCCACGACG